CUCGCAGCUGAGGUUGUGGUUUAAUUUAAGGGUCUCUGGUUAGCUGUUGUGUUUUAUGUGGCGGACCUCGGCGUGGGCCAUACAUGUGGACUUUUUCUCAAAGAAAUUCUGAAGAAUUUUUCUGUCAGCUGAGAAAAUGAUCUUCUGGAACAUUGUUUACGUAGAAGGCCUGCCCGGUGGUUCAGGCUUGCGCUGUGCCAACGUAGCGUUGUUAGCAUAGCGGUUAGCUAACGCACAACGGUCGCCCCGCAUUUUCCUCCUUUUUAUUUAUCCAAACUAAUAUUUGUGUGUCACACAGACAUGGUAACAAUGAACAGGCGGAGCACGACACUUAAAAUACGAGUCUUUGUCAUGACUUAAAAUUGGCUGCUUCUUUUUGUUAGACCGUGAAGUAAGUUCCCGUUAUGUUUGCUUUUGCUAACGGACUCGGAAUGUUUUUCAGGUAAAUGGCUGAGACUCUGUUUUGUCUUAAACUGUAAAAUUUCAGAAGAGCUAAACAUCGUGUGGGAACUGAACAACAAUGUGGCUGUUUUUCUAUAAAUAUUUCUUUUUCCUGCGUUCCUUCGGACGUCCCCUCACAGACGGGACUUUUAAAUGUUCUUUACAAGAAAAGGGUGAUGACCUUGAUGGUGCCAUGUGAAUGACCUUAGACCAUGAAGCCCACACACAAGCUGCUGUUUGUCCUGUGUGCCUUGCUGGUGCUGGGCUUUAUAUACUACUCUUCUUGGAAGCUACAUAUCGACGUAUGGGGACAGAAGCCCCUAAUAACAAAGAGUCAGAGAGGAUUCAAGUCAGAGGCCUGGAGCACAACAACAGUCAACCCAGAGAAAGAUGCAGAGGAGACAUCUGUAGCGCUGACUAAAGGUGCUGAAGUGAAAAGAAUUGCAGAGCUGGAAAAUGACAUCAACGUUGGACGAAUAGUAAGCUCAGGGUACGAUAAGCAGGGCUUUCUGCUGCAGCUGGAAACAAAACUGCCACCGGAGUUGGCAUACAAGUAUGGCAACCUCAGCGAAGGGGUGUGUAAACCAGGAUAUGCAGCAGCCAAAAUGACAUCCAUCUACCCUAAGUUUGUGAAACUAGCACCCAUGUUCCUCGACCGGAACUUCAAGCAACUCACAAAAAUCAAAAACUUUCUGCCUCCAUUUGGCAUCAAAACUCAAGAGAGAAUAAUCGACAACAUUUUAACUGAAACAAAGACUUUUGGACUCGGGGAGGACCUCGACAGUCUCAGCUGUAAAAGAUGCAUCAUAGUGGGAAACGGGGGGAUCCUGUACAAUAAGUCUUUGGGCUCCCGUAUAGAUGAAUAUGAUGUUGUUGUGAGGUUAAACGGAGCCCCAAUAGCUGGCUACAAAAAAGAUGUAGGGACCAAAACCACAUUGAGGAUUACUUACCCAGAGGGAGCAAUCCAGAAAUCUGAACAUUAUGAAGGCGACUCACUCUUCGUCUUUUCUGCUUUCAAACCAAUUGAUUUUAAGUGGCUGAAAAACAUGGUCUUCAAGGAAAAACUGCCAGUAGAAUUCAGUGGAAGAUGGAAGUCUAGAAGUGACAGGGGAAAACAAAGGAUGCAGGUAGUGAUGAUGACGAAAAACGGGCUAAAGUACAAGAUUGUCAAGAAAAAGAGUCGUAUGGAGGGCUUCUGGAAGUCUGUAGCCCAGCAUGUGCCUCGGACGCCAGCUGAAAUGAGGAUCCUCAACCCAUACUUCAUCCAGGAGGCUGCAUUCCAGUUCAUAGGCCUGCCAUUUAACAAUGGUUUAAUGGGUAAAGGGAACAUUCCAACUUUGGGAACAGUUGCUAUAACCAUGGCACUGCAUAACUGUGACGAGGUGGCAGUGGCUGGCUUUGGCUACGACAUGACCUCUCCUCAAGCACCUCUGCACUAUUAUGAGAGCGUCAAGAUGUCUGCCAUUAAAGAGUCAUGGACACACAACAUAGCCAAGGAGAAGGAGUUCCUCCGCAAGCUGGUAAAGGCCAAUGUUAUCACAGAUCUCACCAAAGGUAUCUGAGUUUACACCCAACUCCAGCCGCCUUCCGCCAUUUCUGUCGGAACAACGAACUGAAAGCUGGAUUGACUCAUGGAGCAGAGAACCGACUCCCCCUUCCCCCUUAAGCCAGGCCUGCUCACUGCCGGGGUAGAAGGGGUUAACUAUCAAAGACGUUUCGAAGAGUUUUGUUGAAAGAUGCACUCAUGUGCCUUCAGAACCAAAGACCCCUGCUCAUCAAAGCAGGGGCAGAGCAGGCUGCAGGAGGAAUGGAUCUGCCUGGCACCUGUUGAAGUAUUGCUGUGCUGGGCCCAUCAUCACUAUCAAGUAUCACACCUGAAGAGGAAUGAUAACAGUGAGAGGACAGUUGAAGGAAUGGAGCGAAACUGAAUAACGUGUGGGGGAUGGGUCGAGUAUUAGCAGUGCCAAAUGUACCUCGCAAAGGGGAGAAGACCCCCCUCUCCUGCUUUGUCUGAAUGUAUUCUGUCUGUAAAUAUCAAAGAUUUGUACUGUGCUUUUUACCAAGCUGCAAAUCUGCUGCCACCUACCAGAAAUAUGACAAUGAAGUGAGUGUUCAUCAUCAUAAUCUCAUCAUAGAUGAUUCAUUCACUCAUCAUCUAUUCCUCUUUAUCUGUGUUCAAGUGUAACUCCUUCCAAGCCCGACACACCACCUGCUGCGUAAAGCAGCACAAUCAUGAGAGCGCAGCUCUAUGAAAGACGUAGUGAGAGGUAUGGACUAGGGGUUGCACUGCUUCAUAUUUGUUAAAGCUGAUAUCAGCAUGGUAAAACUUGAGUUGACAUGGAUCACUGACGUCAUAGAAACGCAAGAGAAAAUGCUUCACAUUAGCUUACAGGCAGUCUGGGACACACAACAUAUCCGAGGAGAAGGAGUUCCAUUUCAGGGAUUUUGUCAAUAUUCACAGCAAAUAUUGACAAAACACCACAUAGAGAGAAGCUGCACAUAAAGGAUGUUCCAACAUGCAGACGUCCAUGUUCAGACAUCAUAAGCUAAAUCACACUUUCUAAUGAUUUUACAGUAGAAAUCAUUGCGCCCACCUGCUGCUCCUCCACCCCAGUGUGCAGCAGAAUCUUCCAGUGAUUCAGGGCAGCAGCUUUCUGACUUUGCAGGAUGUACCGGCAUAUCGACAACAGCAGGGAUAGACUGUCAGAUCCUCAGAAUGCAGCUUGAACCAUGUCGCCAGAUGUUUUCACAGUAUUUUUUUAAGUGUAAAACCAUUUUUUAAAAAGAAAAAACAAAAGGGGGAGAAAGCAUGUGGCAAGGAACAGAGGCUGCCAUGUGGGGCCUCUGUAUACGGGGUGUCUACUCUAAUCACAGCACCAUGCGACGGCCCUAUUCCGGCUAACCCUGUGGUAAAUUAGUUUGGAUUGUAUUUUUAUACAAUUCAAACUAUGACAAUUUCACCUAUUUCCUCAUUUUGAUUCUUCUUGGAAGUGUCAAUUUUGUCAGAUGAUUGCGAAUAGUGAACUAGCCACAUAAAGGAACACGGCAGAAGAAGGAAUCAACUAGUAGGUGCAACCCCUAGUUUUGACCUCAUCACGCUGAUGCACCAUGACGGAUAUAGAAAGUGACAGACGGGAGCAUUGAACAGUGUUAUGAUUGUUUUCCCACGUUUUUUUGCCAGCAUAACAAAAAAAAUUGUGGUUCUUCUUUUUCUAGUCAGGCUGAUCACAAUAAGUUUGGAUUUCCUCCUAGUCAGUUUGUUAUUAUUGUGUGCAGUUCUCUGACCAUAGUGAAACAACAACAUGACUGUGAUAUUAGGUUACCAACAACGUUUUUUCACAAACUUUACAGGAGUUGCCAUGUGGGUAGGUUAUUUUGACGUCUGCCAUGGCAGAAUGUUAUGCUUCUGAAGAGUGUGUCGUCACAUGCAAAGGGUCAGUUAUUCAAAGACAAAAGUUUGAAGACUGCAGUAAAUUCAUAUCCAUGUUUUUCAUCUCUGAACUGAAGCAGAAACCUGAACAUUUCUCACUCUCAUGGACGAGUCUGUUCUUAUUGGAAGAACCUUCCUGUUACAAAUUCAUUAUUUAAAAGAAUUCACUCUCUCUCCUCCAGAGCAUUUAGCCAAUAUAUCAAUAUCUACUUUUAGCCACAUAUCUGAAAGGUUAGACGCCAUCGACAUUCAAUACUGAAGAGUUACGACUAAGCACUAAGGUAGGUCUUUGUUUAAUGAAGAAACUGUUACAAUAUUUUUUAUGAUUUGAUUCAUAUCUUCAUCACUACAUCAGCAGUAAGUGUUCCCAACUGACCUGCUCACCGAUAAAGAUGCAUGUUUCAACUCCCAUACUGCUGCAGGUUUUGUGUUCUUUCUUAAAUGGUAAAAUCUUGGGUUGUAGAAAAUGAAUAAAUAUCUGUUUUUUGUU